ACCAGACCAGCAGGUUUAAAAAAAAAAAUUGUGGUCCAUAUUAUAUGUACUAACAUGUAAUCCCUCUCUCCCCUUCAACUUGAAGCUUCACAGCAACCUCUCUCCCUUGUUACGCCAAAGAUCACACUCACUCAGAUUACCAUGGCGUCAACUCUCUUCACCACCACAAUCUUCAAGCCCUCACCCCCUCCCCCUAACUUCUUCAACCCCUUAACAUCUUCUCAUCACUCUACAAUUCUCCCACUUCGACCCCACAAAAGAAUCACUUCCUUCACCCUUUGCCUCCUCACCGAGGACCCCAAACGGGACAUCCACAUCAAAACGGAGGAACAACAACAACAACAGCUGAAUGUGACAGAGAAAUUGGCCCGGAAGAGGUCCCAGAGGUUCACUUACCUCGUUGCUGCCCUCAUGUCUAGCUUUGGCGUCACGUCCAUGGCAGUCUUCGCCGUUUAUUAUAGAUUCUCAUGGCAAGUCCAGGGUGGAGAUGUUCCAUGGUCUGAAAUGUUAGGCACACUUUCCCUCUCCGUCGGUGCUGUCGUGGCUAUGGAAUUUUGGGCAAGAUGGGCUCAUAGAGCUCUUUGGCAUGCUUCCUUGUGGCACAUGCACGAGUUGUUGCAGUCUCACCAUCGACCAAGAGAGGGACCAUUCGAGCUUAACGACGUUUUUGCGAUAAUCAACGCUGUCCCUGCGAUCGCUCUUCUGUCGUACGGUUUUUUCCACAAGGGUCUGAUCCCGGGCCUCUGUUUUGGUGCAGGUCUCGGAAUCACGGUGUUUGGGAUGGCGUACAUGUUUGUCCACGAUGGAUUGGUUCAUAAGAGAUUCCCUGUGGGUCCCAUUGCCAACGUGCCCUACUUCAGAAGAGUUGCUGCUGCUCACCAACUCCACCAUUCGGACAAAUUCAACGGGGUGCCAUAUGGGCUGUUUCUGGGACCCAAGGAAGUUGAAGAAGUGGGAGGGCUAGAAGAACUAGAGAAAGAGAUAAGUAGGAGAACAAGGUCCCGUUCAUGACCAUGCCACUGGUGUUAUAAUUAUAUCACACUUGUUUCGAAUAAUUGAGUGUAGAGAAAGGGAAACAAUGAUUUCAAUAUAUUUUUGCUUUCACAGGCUGUC